AUGGCUUCCGAGCAUAUUCCAAAAACUGUCAAGCAAUGGAACGUUGGAAAGUUUGGUGGCUUCGAUGGGCUCAUGUUCUCCGAGCAGCCCCUGCCCGAAUUAAGCGACAACGAGGUUCUAGUUAAGCUUGAGGCAGCAUCUCUCAAUCAUCGUGAUCUCACCAUUGAUAGAGGAGAAUAUCUCCAUGGAAAGAGAGAAGGCGUCGUCCCCGGAUCCGAUGGCACAGACACCGUCGUAGCCAUAGGCAAGCGAGUCUCUCGAUUCCAGCCUGGCGACAAAGUCGUCACCAUGUUCAACCAGGGACACAUUGGUGGCGACCUGAAUCCCCAAACCCACAAAACCGGCACCGGAGGAAUGCUCGAUGGUGUUCUGAGAACUUAUGGUGCCUUCAACGAACAUGCCUUGUCCGGCACUGGCGGCGUGAGCAUCUUUGCUCUGCAGUUUGCCAAAGCCGCCGGCGCAAGAGUCAUUGCCACGACCAGAUCCCCCAGCAAAGUCGAGACGCUGAAGAAACUCGGCGCCGACCACGUCAUCAGCUACAAGGAGGACCGCAAAUGGGGCGAGACGGCGAGGAAGCUCACCGGCGGCCGUAGCGUCGACAUCAUCGUGCAGGUUGCUGGCGUCAACGAGAUGGAGCAGAGGCCGGUGAUUGACGAGAGGGUGUUUAAGCUGGAGGAGCUUAAGAAGGCGUAUGAGUAUCAGUGGACGGGCAAGCACUUUUCCAAGGUGGUGGUUGAGAUUAACUAAACAGCACAGCCUCAAAGUAGAAUAGAUAAUGACAAGUUAAGAAUCCGGUUUGGUCUCUCAAGGCGGCCUGUCCAACGUCAAAAACGCCUUUUUGUUGAGGAUGAACCGUUGCGCAUUGUCGGGAUGAUAGUCGAACAGGCCAUGUAGGCAAGCGUUCCAGACCCAUUGUGUUGGGACCAAGACAUGCUGUGCUGUCGAGCUAUUCGAAUAGGCUCUGGUUACGCAGCAGCUGGCUGGGUGGAUGGGGUGAGUAGAAACUUGGAUAGAUGUGGCCGCCCAGACGAUGGCCAUCUCUACCCGCUGCCUGUGGUCUGCGGCAAGUCCGAGUGUAUGCAUAACCUAUAUGUGCUAUUUUUGAUAUAGCAUACUCGAGCAAGAAGACAGUCCAGCUUAUACAUUCAUCAGAGUUGUUUCUCUCCUUUGUACCAUAAAGAAUAGUACAACUGAAUAUCAUGAACAGAGU